AUGAGCGGUCACGGCGACGCUCGAGAGGCGAUCGCUCGCGCGCGUAGCGCCGCGGAGCUCCGCACGGCGGCGGAAGGGAAGGUGGACGGCCGCGCGGCGGCGCUCGCGCUCGAGCGGUGCGCGAAGGCAAAGUCGUCGGUUCGAAGCGUCAUGGGCGAAGGGUUCGUGGAAGUCGCGAGCGAAGCGUUGCGACGAGAUGCGCGUCGGAUGAGCGUGCACGCGGUCGGCGGGGUGUUCCACGACGCGGACGUCGCGCGAUUUGACGCGUUGCCGAGCGGCGAGUUGUUGCGAGCGGCGGCGGAGCGGUUAGAGAGCGAACGCGGGCUCGUCGCCGCGGACGCGGUGCGGGUGAUUUGGGGUGUAGCUAACUUUUAUAAGCGACGUGGAGUCGACUCUGGGGAGGUCGAGGACGCGAUGCGCGCGUUCGUGAGAGCGGCGACGGAAGCGACGCCGAGAGUGUUCGAUUCAUGGGACGCUAAACGUGAUCCUCGACGAGCGUCGACGCUGUGUCGAGCGCUGAAGCACUUGAUUGAGAUUAACAGAAUGGUCGGGCAGACGCCGCCCGCAGCGACGAUUGAGUCGCUCGUGCGCGUCGGAGCGAGAAACGCGGGAUCGAUGUCGCCGGCUCAGGUGAGUUUCAUCCUGCACGACGUCGUCAGCGCCGGAGCGAUGGAGGUAUUAUCCGAGUCGCUCAUGGAGGCGUUCACGAGCUCGAUCGAUGUGGACUCGGACGCACCGCUGGAGUUCUCGACCGUGUCCGCGCUGUUGUGGUGCUACGGCAAGAUGGAUGCGUCGAGACGCGGGCUGGUCUCGCAGACGCAUCUGGAGAAUCUGCAUUACGCCACGAUGGCGGAGCUCGAACGCGAUGGAGACUUGUUGCCGCGCGACAUUGCGUUGAAUUUGUACGCCACCGCUCGUCUGGGUGAAGCUCACAUCGGAUUUAAAGACGCGGCGUAUCACAACGCGGCGGCGAGGCGACUGCUCGAAGGAUUGGAUGGAUUGAACAAGCAAGCAUUGUGCAUGAUUUGUUGGUCUCUGAACGUGAUGCGACCGAAUGAGGACGACGCCUUUAUUUGGAGCACGUUUCUGCAAGCAGUCGUGGAAGCGGUGAAGCGCUCAGUCCAUGAUUUCUCUCCGCACGAAUUGGCUCCGACGAUGCACGCGUUGACGUCGCUUCAUGCCGCGAGCGCAAAACUUCUCGAGCUUGCGCGUGAUCAAUUCUCCGCUGACGUGUAUGAAUACGCGGCAAACCCGCAAAAUAUCGUGCUCAUGCUCUGGUCCUUCGCCGCUGCGGAGUACGAUGUAGGAGACGUCGCGCUCAAGAACGCGGCGCGCGCUUUCGUCGACGCCUCUGAAAGUGCCUCGGCGCAGGAGCUCAAGACGGCGCUUCAAUCGCUCGCACGUUUACACUACGUCUUCGACCAAGAUACAGUCGCGCUCGAACACGCACGAAUGGCGCUGGAGAAGGCGAUCGAUCGAGUGCUCGACGAGUACUCGCAAGGGGAGUGCGAAAUCCUGGCGUGGAGCCUUCUCGCGACUCAAGUGCCCGCGAGUGAGCGCCUCCUCGAGCGCGUGGGCGUCGCCCCAGUCGCCAACGACGCCGGUGACGUCGAAUACAUAGUCAACGACCCGAACGUCGACGCACAUUAG